AUGUGUCUCGAUUAUUUCUUGUGUUUGGCAUUGGUUUACCUCGUUGCAUCGAGUCGAGGUCACGGGGAUGAGGCAUUUGCCGGACUGAAGCAAAUACCAACACUGAAUUUGACGCAAGUGACAUUAAUCGCCGAGAAUGCCACUGCCAGAUGUAAUUUGAUACCGAAUCUCUGCAAUUGGCAGUUGCAUUUGUACGGAGGUCAUGCAUUCAGUGUGCCCCUGAAGCAAGAGGAGCAGAAGAAGGCAAUGGAAAAGGAGAUUAUUAAACCUAAACCCACUCGAACAGUGUUCACCUUGUCUUUGCCAGAUGACUCCAAGGAAUUGCUUUUCUAUGCCGAUAUUGAACCCAAAUCCCGUGCCAUGGAAAAGCGACGGAAAAGAAGACUCCGACCAAGACGACCAGCAACAUUCCACUCUGUGGGCCAACGAAAUGUCAUUCUAUGGCUGUUCAAAUGA